GACUUUGCUGAUAGCUGGUCUAGAGAAAAGCUGACUCUUGGGAAUGGACCAUGCCACAGGCAUCUGUUGCUGUGUUUUACAGAGGGACCAACAACUUUGGGCCCUGGGUGAGGAUCUUUGCUCCAGAGCCCGGUGGAGACGGCAACGGGCUGGGGACAGUGGCACGUGCAUGGGCAGCCUCGGGAUCACUCAACCCCGAAGACGCCAGUGCCUGAAUGACACCUGGAUGGGGAUGGGGCAAACUGCUGUGGAGGGGAUUCUGUGCCAGGCCGGGGAUAUAAGCCCCGCAGAGAAAGCGCUGAGCAGAGGAGGAGGCCACAGUCCGACCUGCAGCAGUCCAGCCCUUGGGACCCCGCUCGCCUUCCACCUGCUCUUCUCCGCUUCCAGAGCUGUCGCUAUGGUGAUGGUGUGUAGGCCGGGGCCCGCCGUGGCCACAGUGCUGCUGGCCCUGCUGGCCUGCCUGGGGGCGCUGGUCCACGCCUACCCCUCCAAACCCGAGGCUCCUGGCGAAGACGCCUCGCCGGAGGAGCUAAGCCGCUACUACGCGUCGCUGCGCCACUACCUCAACCUGGUCACUCGGCAGCGGUACGGGAAACGCGACAGCCCCGAAGAGGUCCUCUCCAAACUGCUCUUCCCCGAAGGCGGGGACCGCCGGGUCAAGUCACGGCCAGAAGGCGCAUACACGUGGUGAGACCCCAAGGCCUCCUGGGAGAUGCGCUAGCUGUACCGACCUCAUUUGCAUGUUUGCUCCUGACCCCGGAUCCUCUCUGCCUGCUGCGCCUGAUGCGGGGUGGGGGGGGGUGCUGGAUGGGGUCUUCGUUCCCUGGGCUGGAGGGCUGUGUGUGGUCUUUCCCUGCUCCCCAAAUAAAGAGCAAAUUUCACUGAAA